AUGCUGCCAAACCAAAGCAGCCUGAAGGCCAAAGCCCAGGCUGCGAAGCCGGCGAGCGCGCCUGGAAAGAAGCGGCCUCUGCUGCUCCGCACAAGCGCAAGUGGAUCCUCGAAGUACCAGGGAGUCUCGCAUGUGAAGGCCAGUGGCAAGUGGCAGGCCAUGUACAAGGGCCAGCGCCUGGGCAGCUUCGCGUCGGAGCUGAAAGCUGCUCAGGCGGUCCGCGAUGCGGCCGAAGAAGCGGAUAGAUCGGAGAGCAAGAAGGGAAAGGCCAAGGCUGCCAAGGGCAGUGCCGAGCCGCCCCAAAGUCGAAAUGGCUUGGCUCGGACUGUGGCACAAGGUAAGGCAACCGCUACUGGCAGCAAGCGCAAGCAUGACGAGAUGGAAGGGAACAAUUAUGAAGGUUAUGAAACCUACGAGGGUGCGCAGCUGGACCUGAGCGAGUCUCCUCUGCAUGCGAUUGAGUGGGCGCGAGUCGUGCUGGACGAGGCUCAUCGCAUCAAGGGCCGCACCAACAGCACGGCACUCGCUGCCUAUGCACUGCAAGUGCAGAAGGGCUACAAGUGGUGCCUGACAGGAACCCCUUUGCAAAAUCGGGUUGGGGAGCUCUACUCGCUCAUCCGCUUUCUUCGUGUGCGACCCUAUGCCUUCUACUAUUGCAAGAAGCAGGGGUGCAAAUGCGAAUGCGCAAAUUUUAUGCGGGAGCGGUACUGCCCGAACUGCGGCCACGUACGAUUUCUGCACUACUCCAGCUUCAAAAGAGAUGUGUCCAAUCCCAUCAUCAAGUUCGGCUACAUGGGUGCGGGUAAGACAGCAUUCGGGAAGCUCCGGCAGGACAUCCUGCAGCGCUGCAUGCUCCGACGCACGAAGGAGGAAAGAAAGGCAGAUCUCAAGUUGCCACCGAUCAAAGUCAUCAUUCGGAAGGACAAGCUGUCAAAGCAGGAAGCGGAUUUCUACUCCAGCAUCUACAUGCAGUCUUGCGUCAAGUUUGACACCUUCGUGCACUCAGGCACCAUUUUGCACAACUAUGCCCACAUCUUCGAUUUGUUGACCUCGCUGCGACGAGCGGUGGAUCACCCGUACCUCAUCGUGUACGGGGGUGGGCAGGGGACGCACAAGUUGCCUGCGGGCAAGGCCUUGCUGCCUGCGAAUGCAGGAAAAGUGUGCGGCCUUUGCCAGGACGACAUAGACGAGAACGAGGAGACCAUGCGAGAGGCGAAAUGCGGCCAUGUUUUCCAUGAUGAGUGCAUCCGGGCAUACAUCGCCGACGCACCAGCUUUGAAGUCUGGAGGAGUUGGAUGUCCAGUCUGCUUCGCAAAGUUGACAGUCAACCUCGAGGAUGCAGACGAUGAAGGUGACGGCACGGAGGAGACGCCGAAGAAGAAGUCUCGAAAAGCUGUGUACUGCACGCCAGCGAAGACCGCCAAGCCACGCAGCUCGAGCCCUGCACCCAAGGCCAAGGCAAAGACGGCAAAGCUGGCGCUGCCGGCGCCCGCUGAAGAGACCUCCAAGUCUGUCGCCAAGGGCGGUUUCGGGCCCGGGAGCAUCAUGAAGAAGGUGAAAGCCUCCGAGUUCCAAAGCAGUACCAAGAUCGAAGCGGUCGUAGACGAGAUCAACAAGAUGAUUCAAGGCGAUAAUGGCGCCAAGGGGAUCGUGUUUUCGCAAUUCGGCUCCAUGCUUGAGCUGUUGGAGUUUCGCCUGAAGCGAUCCGGCAUUACUUGCGUCAUCUUCCGAGGUGGCAUGUCUAUGCAGGCGCGGGAAGAUGCUCUGGCAGCCUUUAAUGAGGAUCCCAACAUGAAGGUCAUCCUUAUCUCCUUGAAGGCGGGAGGCGAAGGCCUGAAUCUGCAGGUGGCCAAUCACGUCUUCCUCAUGGAUCCUUGGUGGAACCCUGCAAGUGAGAUGCAGGCCAUCCAGCGAGCACACCGCAUUGGACAGACCAAAGCUGUGAAAGCUGUCAGAUUCAUCACCUCGGAUACGAUCGAGGAGAAAAUCAUCAAACUCCAGGAGAAGAAGCAGCUGGUCUUCGAUGCUUCCAUCGAUGGCUCCGCGACCUCCCUCGGAAAGCUUACAGAACAGGACCUGCGCUUCUUGUUCCAGCACUAG